AUUAAAAUGGAUCAAAAGAAAGGCAGAUAAGGUAAGAAGAAAUAGAGUCCUGAGAUGAAGGAGGAAGUCUAAGAGAAGGAAGUUGUUAAAUCGAAGGGAAAAUAAUAGAAGGGUGCCAAGAAUGCAGGAGAUAAUGAAGUUAAAAAAGCAGAAUAGAAAAUAGAGAAAUAACAAGUAGUAAAAGGAGAGGAUAAAAAAGCAAAAUAAGUGCAACAAGUAGAUUCAAAAUUUGAAUUGGGAGAUGGGAGAUUUAGUACUCCAACUGUAAAACUUGCUAGUUGGAAUGUUAAUGGAAUCAGAGCAGCUACGAAACGAGAAUAGGCUGUUAAAUAUUUACAGGAUACAAAGGUUAAUUUAUUAAUUAUAAACUUAAGUUUGAUGUCAUUUGUUUGAAUGAACUUAAAGCUGAUUAGGCUGUAUUUGACAAAGAAAACUUAGGCGCUUAAUUUGGAAAACAUUAUUUUCUUUAUCUUAAUUUCUGUAAGAGUAAGGCUGGAUACAGUGGAGUUGCUAUCGCUUCGAAGUACUUACCAAACUAAUUAAUAGAGUGAAACCCAUAUCUGUAAAGUGCGAUAUUGGUAUUAGUAAACAUGAUCAAGAAGGAAGGACACUCACAGCUGAAUACGAAAGGUUUUAUUUAGUGGCAUGUUAUGUUCCAAAUGCAGGUUAGAAAUUGGAAAGGCUUGACUAUAGAACCAAUGAGUGGGAUGUCGAUUUCCAAAACUAUCUUGAAGAUUUGAGGAAGAAAAAACCAACUAUUUUAUGUGGCGAUCUUAAUGUAUCUCAUCAUGAAAUAGAUCUGGCUAAUCCAGCUGGCAACAAAAAGACUGCUGGGUAUCAUAAUUAUAUAGAUGUUAGAUUUACACAAUAAGAAAGAGAUCAGUUUACAAAUUAUUUGCAAAAAGGGUGGGUCGACUCAUUCAGACAUUUGCACCCAAAAGAAGUCAAAUAUAGUUAUUUUAGUGCUAGAAACAAUAGCAGGUUUAAGUAAUUAUUAAUUUUAGAUAAGAGAACAAGGGAUGGAGAUUGGAUUAUUUUAUAAUCAACAAAGAGGCUACUGAUGCCAUCAUUAUGUCUGAUAUCAAUACAGGUGUUGAGGGCAGUGAUCACGUUCCAAUUGAAUGUGAAGUUGAUCUUAGAAAAUUAUGAUAGAAAUAUUUACAAUAUAUAUAACAAUAUUCAAAAACAGAC